UUUAAUUUUAGAAGUGUGUGGGCAUGGUAAAUAAAGAAAACAUUCAUUCACACCAAAGUAGUGAAUGAUUUUAAAUUCACCCCAUGUUCACUUAAAACAGAAGUGUCUGAGGUCUACACCACAGAAUUGCAAAAAUAAUGAUUGCUGGCAGAGUGACUACACUUUUCGAGAGAGUCACUCUACAAAUGGCUUCCUUAUGGCAUACUUUAUUUAUCUUAACAUUAAGCUGCCAUCGCAGAGUACUUCAGUUUCGUGGCAGUAUUUUAACUAAUAUAUUAAGGCAAAUUUGAAUUGCACUGCAUAGUGGGUCUAAUGUAAAACACUCACAUUCCAGCCAAACUCAAUCAUGCUGCAUUUCCUCAUCAAACAGCAUUGAGCAGGUUGUUGUUUCCUUGGUAACAUGCAUUCAUCGUUCAUCGUUAACAUUCCAGGCCAUCACUUCCUCCUAACAUGGUGUGUAUUGUGUUGUUCAUCUUUGACUAACAUCUCUCUCUCUCAUGUCAAUGAUUUGAUUUCCAGCCAUCGAUUCUCAUUCAUUAAUGAAGCGUUUUCACUGAACGUGUGGAUAAUGAAUAUUUGAUUCAUAUAGAUGUGCCGUGACUCCUAAUGUCUUGAUCUCUCCGCCUGCAUGCAUGAAUUGUUCAAAACAAGGUUUGAUUUUCCUCCAUUAGAUCUGUCAUCUUCACUUAUAGUCGAAUGAUGAAGCAAACAAGCUAUUUCUGUUUUGACCCCCGAUCCGGAAACAUGACAACUCAAGCUAAAUUAAAAGAUUAAUGAUUUCACCUUGGGAAGAGAUAGGCAGACUAUAUAUCACAUACAUCACCCACUUCAGAAAAACAAAAUAUGCAUCAAUGCCAGUUAAGCUUUAAUUGAAUUCAUUUGUUGAUUGACUCACUUUUGCAUUUUUGGAAACUAUUUUCUGUGGCCAUUAAACAACAAAUGCCAUUGAUUGGGCUUAAUUUGGGAGAUUCCUUUGGAGUUUGAUUACACCAGUGUUGAUGACAGGUCUGAUGAGUCAAAUGUCAUCAUAAGCUUAUGAAUCUUGUGAUUGUGUAUGUGCAGAAUCACGUAUGUUCCUACUGAAUAUUUAGAGGAAUACAGGGCGAGUCAGCAUCUCCAAAGUGUUGAUGUCUCUGAUGGCAGAAACAACACUCAACAUCAGAUGGUCUCAGAUCUUCCAGAGAGAGAAGAUGGAGAAGGACAGGAGAGUGAACGACAAACAGCAGCUUCCAACAGCUGGAAUCUACCACGGAGAGUGGAGUUGCAAAGGGAAGCUGGGAAAUCUCUGGACAUCAGCAUCAUUGGUGGGCGGGGCAUGGGUAGUCGCCUUAGCAACGGGGAGGUGAUGCGGGGCAUCUUUAAUAAACACAUCCUGGAGGACAGUCCGGCGGGACGCAACGGCACACUGAAGACAGGAGACAGGAUUUUAGAGCUGCAGACAUCUGCGCUGGAUGCAGUAGAGGACAUCUCAGCCUUCAGUCUGAAGAGCAGCAGUGAGAAGCUGAAUCGAGAGGAGGGGAAAAGCUUCCUGUGUCUGCCCGUCGUUCCACAUAUUGGGGAAACCGACUCGGACACACUGACUGAGAUUCCCGACAGACUCGCUCUGCAUCAUGGUCCUGAUGAGGAAGAGGAGGAUGAGUAUGGAUACAGCUGGAGUGAAUCUCCCAUUCGCUAUAACACACAGCGGCCAGCAGAGAGAGCGAUUACACUGACUCACGCUCAGCUAGAUACAGAGAGAAAGAAGUACACUGUAGGAUACUUCAUGUUUUUACAAACGAAGACAUACCCGAAAGGAGGUUUUGUCAGAUGUAUAUAACUUCUGGAUAAAUUUGCCCUCAAACACUCUGAGAACUGUGGCUCUGAAACACCUAGAAAAGAGCAAGUCCCUUGCGCUCACUGUUUUACAGGAUUAAUGUCUCCUCUCUGUACAAGUUGUGACAUUCUGAUCAAAUCAAAUGAAGUGACAAUGCCGCAGAUAGAAAUGAAAGUUAAAUGUAUCACAGUCCCUUCAGGGCCUAUAAAAACACCUCUUCAGUUAAACUCACCUCUGCUGUGCCUCUGAAAGCCACAUAAACAGACUGUAAAUGAAACAAGGCCCAUGUCUCUGAAACACAGGCUCAUUGGAAAUACGUGACCAUGGCUAUAUUAGUGCAGAACCUGAAAUACAUUGAUCUAGGUCUAUUUCACUGCAUUUUACACAUGACACACCCACAGAGGUGCUAUAAGCAAUAUCAUUUUCCUUGAUUCCAGAUGCAGGUUUAAUUAACAGCACAGCGUCAUGAAAAAGCAUGCAUGUGUCUACAUAAUGGUUGCAAAAUGAUAUUGCAUUCCUUGUAGCACAUUUCACAGAAGUUUUAAAGCAAACUGUCUUUCACAAAAUAGUUUGUUCAUUGUUCUUAAAACAGUUUAAUACAAUGGUCAUUGUUUAUAUCACGGCAGUUCGGAAAUGUCCUAAGAGGUUUGCUAUAUGGUUCACAAACCUAAAGCAAACAUGAGGUAAUACACACUGCUGAAUCAAUCUUCCCAUUUUAUCUAGUUUCUACAGUCUUUGAGGUCUUUUAUUGUGAUUUGUGUUUCACAAAACUUAUGAGAGUGCUUUGUAUCUCAAGUUUAAUGCUGUUUAAUUACUACACCAGAUAAGCCAAAAAUAUAGAGCUGUUUAUGUGAUGCAAAUGUCAAACUGUUUUAGUUUACAACUCAUGAACUAUGGUAAGAGUUUUUAGGUAAUAUAACAUGGUAAUUUGCGAGGAACCACAUGAAAAUAAGUCUUUAUUAAUCAAUAAUCUGCUAAAGUAAUCAUAAUUUUUGUGAAAAGGAAUAAAAGUUGUUGGUAUUUUACUGCCACUAGUGUUUCUUUCAGUGGGUAAUUACAUUGUAUUGUAUGUAUUUGUAAGUGUUUUGCAGGUUUUC